AUGGGUCAAUCGCAAAGCAUGUCCGCUGAAGUCGAGAUUCAGGCCUCGCCAGAUGCUGUCAGAACCGUUUUUAUGGACUUCCCGCAGUACAAGGAGUGGACGAAAUGGAACAUUGAGCCUGCAGUGUUAGGGACGAAAUCCACAGACCUGAGCGCGAAAGACAAGCUCAACGUCAAUCUUGGAUCCAUGAAGUUUUCGCCCGUCGUUGUGGAGAACUCGCCAGAAACAUUUCAGUGGAAUGGAAACCUGUGGCCAAUAUUCGCGGGGAAGCAUGAGUUCCACUGGAAGCCAAGCACUAAGAAUCCGGGCGGGACGACGUUUGUCCAGAAAGAGGUGUUCAUAGGCCUCUUCGCGUUUCUCAUGGCGCCUGGAUGGAAUGGUAGCAAAUCGACGUUGGUGAACUGGGAAGGGUUCAACGCGGAUCUGAAGAAAGAGGUUGAGAGAAUCUCGACGCAAUCAUAA